AUGGAUCAUCAUACCUCGUUCCAAGAUGCCAUGCUUACUCGACUAAAACGACGUAUUACACCCGAGAUGUACGAGGAUCCUGAUCUAAAAUAUUCGCAGUACAUUCCCGCCAUCAGAAAAGACCUAGCUAGGAGCAUAGCCUCCUGGGACCGUGCCAGGGACACGGCCCCUGAGGAUGCCGAGGAUGCCGAGGAGUCGGAGGAUUCCCGCGCAUUUAAGGCCCUCCGAGAGUUGAGAUCCCAGCCAGCUACCAACGGGAGAAGGUGGGGUUCCACGGUCAUAAGCCAAAGUUACGCAGAUGAGACUAUUUUCUUUUCACGCACCGCUGAAUUUCUUCUACGGCGGGUGGCAGAGACGGACCCACGGGAGUUUUCACAAGGUAUUGGGGAGAUUUCACCCGGCUGGGCUGAUUCACAUUCUGUCUUGGAGUUCUUCAACCUGACCUUUGAUCCAUGGGCAAUACCGUCGGUGGAUGAAGUCAGAGACAAGUUGGAAGAGCUACAGUUAAGCUCUCUAUGGGAGACGCCAGACAGGUGGUAUCAAUUGAGGGAGAUACUACUUGGGUAUACUGGUCCCGAGUACCGAUACCAAGAGAAGAUUCGGCUCUCUGCUGCCGCUGUUGCCAUUAAGUUCCUGGGUCAAAUCCCUCGGCAACAGAGACUCUGCAUAUCAAACCUCAUUUUAAAUGAGGAUAGGAAUUCUAUCAUCAGUUCUGAGUGCCAUGUCCUUGGUUUAAUCCCAUUCUUCCGAGAGAACUCAAGGCUGAUAGUUGAACACCGGCUUAAGCUAUGGCGAAACAUCCUCCCCAAAGGCGUCGACCUGGGGUGCUUCCACUUCACUGUAGAUGACCAAGGUCUUGACCUUCAGGGAUGGGACGUUACUCAAACACAUCAAACCCGGUCCUCUGACAUCGCCAAAGGUGUCACCAACAUCAUCAUGCAUAUCUCGAAAGCCUUGACAGAAGGCCUGCCUUCAAGCUCUUACUCUCUCACCAUUGACGGCGAUCCUGAUUUGAACCAUUCAACUGGAUUCUUUUCCACAAUCAUGAAGCCUUAUAUCGUCUGGCUGAAGGCCAAUACGGACUGUGUCGCCCAAGGUCUUCUUUUGCCACCGAAACAUUACAACUAUCCAUUUGACACCAGAAGCUCAGGCAAAGAGACGACGAUCUUGCGGUCGAACUUCACUCUUGACCAGCCCUGGAAUUACGACCAGAUAAUCGAAGAUGGCGAAUACGACAUCAUUGGCAGGUCAUUGGAGUCAAUUAUGAAUUGCUACAGCAGAUUUAGACCUGAAAUCGUCGACGUUUCCACUGAUAUACUCGACUGGAUGGAGAUCAAGAGAGAGAACUUCCUUAGAGAAGAGAUACCAAAGGACGCGACCGGAGAGACCGCGGCUUAA